CAUUUUGCUACCCUGCUGCAUCAGCUGUUCGUGUUGUUCGGCCAAGAAUGGAUUUGACGCUGGACAAAAAGCUGCAGGGCUUCCAGUUGGUGGCCCAGGAAAAGCUUUGUUCCAUACUAUGUUCGAUACCUGGAAAAAAAGAGUUGAUUUUGGAGCCCGACUUGAUUAAGCCACUGGAACAUGUUGUCACUGCCUCCUGGCUGAAGUUGAAGGGCAUUCAAAGGAUCUACAAACAUGAUGCCGCACAACCUUUACCCCGAUCCGCUGAUCAGGUGCACAUCUACAUGAUCCGCAGUGUUUUGGGCACAUUUCAGACGCUACUCAAGCAAUUGCAACCAGUGGCCUUGGAGGAAAUGCCGGACAUAUCCAUGAAGAUGUACCACAUAGUCUGUGUGCCCAGUUGCUACUCCUAUUUCCAAACGCUGCUGGAACAAGCUGGUCUCUACGGACUGGUGCAACUUCAUCACUUUAACUGGGACUUUAUCUACUUUGAUCAGGGAGUUCUUAGCUUGGAGCUGCCCAAUUUGUACGAGUGCCUCUACCUUCAGAGAAACACGUCUCCAUUGCCUUCGGUGGCUCAGAGCCUGCGAUUGCUUCAGAUGAUUUGCGGGCAACCGUCCUUGAUUCUUAGCUUUGGUAAUCACUCGUCGCAGCUAAUGCAAAUGUUGAAGACUCUCGGCAAACUCCCGGCACCCACCAAUCCUCCGGACUAUGGCGGCUGGCUGGUUAUCGAUCGGGAUAAGGAUUACCCCGCCAGCUUGCUUACUCCGGCCAUUUAUGCAGGUCUUCUUUUAGAAGUUUUCGAGCAACGUUCCGGCGAGAUUCUGGUAGACAAUUCCAAGAACAAGAUCAGCAGCCAGCGUGUGGAGUUGCUCCAGGGAAAGAAGCCUAAGACAGUUGUAAACUCAGCCAGCAAGCCCUGUUCCAUUCGGUUUAACUCCACCUCCGAUGAGAUCUACGGCGAUAAUCGGUACAAGCGGUUCGCACAGGUCAGCAGUUUGAUUCACGCACAAGUAAAAGCCCUGGGGUUGGAACUGCAGAAACUCAAUGACAUGCAGCUGGACGAGAUGCACGACUAUGUGGCCAGAAAGCUGCCCAAACUAACCGAGCUCAAAAGCAAAGUCCUCAGGCAUCUGAAUGCCAGCGAGAUUGUGAUCCAAAUGAUGGGAAACUUCAGGAAGCUGCAAACCCUGGAAGAGGACAUACUAAACAAUGAUUCAAGGAAGCGAUUGCUAAGCGAGAUCGACGAGCUGUUGACCACAGAUGGACAGAGAUUUAACACUCUGCGAUUGCUGUGCCUUUUGCAUCACUGCGUUGGCGUGGUGCCCGAGGAGCUGCAGAUCUUUGCGAGGAACUACUGCAAUCUGUUUGGACACCAAGAACUGGGUGUGUUCCAGCAGUUGUCGCAGGCGGGCUUAUUGCCACCACUUGUGGUGGAGAAAAAAGCGCCAAACAAGCUGCUCUCAAAUCUACCUCUUCCCAAAUUCCAGCAAACGGAGUUCCAGGCAAAUGCUAAUCGGCUAAAGCUGCUCACCUCCAGCGGAGAUGGUCAGGAUGGAGGUUCCUCGUCUAGAAGUCAAGCUAGUGGCUUGCAGUCGUGUCCCAGUUUUGUGUUCAACGGCACCUACAUCCCAUUGGUGGCGCAGCUCUGCUCCAUUUUGCUGAAAACCAAUAGUGCCGAGGAGUUAUCCUCGAAGCUGGGCAUGAUUGACGGGCUGCAUCUUCAUCUGGACAGCGGAAAAACCACGCCCAAGGCCUUUGCCAGCCAACUGAAGGCAGGCGGAGUUGCAGAUCACGAUGUUUUCCCCCUGCGCCUCAGGAAUCUCUUUGUUUUUAUUGUAGGCGGAGCCAGUUAUGCGGAAAUCGCCGCCUGCGAUUUUGUGGCGAAGCUUACAGGUGCCCAAAUAACCGUGGCAUCCGACUCUCUAAUGGCGGGCAGCGAUUUGAUCGCCACCGCCUUUAACCACUGACCAUGAAGUAACUAAGAAUCUGUGUAUCAAAUGUUUUAUAUAUAUUUUUAUACAAGCAAUGAUGACAAAGCUAGUGAUUAACAAUUUUUGAAAUUUACAACUUAAAGA